AUGCCUCCUAUUCCCUCUCUCGUCUCUGCGCAAUACACGUCCAUCCCCGCCAGCGGCAACACUCCUAUGGUCAUCUGCUCGCACUGUCAAACCUUCCAGCUGCCUCGAAACUCGCUACGUAGAAAGGAAGAACACCUCCGUACCUGUGCCUCUUUUGCUCUCUCUCCAUUGGCUACCCAACGGGACAUCAAUGGCAGAACUAUGCUGGAGGACUCCAUCGCUAGAAGGGCCGGAAGAACGAAACCAGGAAACUCGAACAAAACAGAGGAAGAAAGGGAGGUGCUCAGGCUUAGGAGAUUGGGUGCUGUGCUCGCUUAUGGAAAUGUCGGAAGUGAGCUGCAGGAAGGGAUUCAAGAGCGUGUUGAACGUAUCCUCAGAGGGGAGAGUUCGAUGCUUGGGCCACGAAGUAUCGGAAACGCUGGUGAGCAAAGAAGGGCACCAACGUGGCAACCAUCAAACUACGACAACGAAGGCAACAAUAACAACAACGAUGAUGGCUUGGACGCUUUCGGCACUCCGGACUUCGAAACCCCUACUACCACCGUUAACAACACACAUCAAACCAUGGCUGCACUACUAGAAUCGGCAACAAGGAACUCGCACACACCACUCCCUCCCGCGUCCAUGGAAAACUCGAGGAAGAGACCACUACCAACUGACCUCGAUAGCACUUCCACGCCACAACAAGGCAACACGAAACGCUUCAAACACGCAGAACUCUACCUCGACGAAGAAGACCUAGCCUUCAUUACCUCUGCUCAAACGGCUAGAGAAGAGAGAUUCGCUGCCAUGGUGGAGAGGCUUGCUAGACUCGUCAGACUUAGAGAUAUGAGAUGA